AUGGGACUAGCCCUGGGACAGCAGCUCCGCAACUCCACCACAUCUUCCAGCUGCAACUCAGAGAACAGGGCCCUCCUCCCGUCCUUCAUCUGCAUAUCUAUCCCAGGGCCCGAACCCUCAGUGGUCUUUGGGGAAGGUGGUUUAGAGGCGGCCUGUACCAAGCACGCUGCUCACCCGGACUCUUGUCUCCUAGCAGCGCCCCCUGGCUCGCCUUCAUCAUUCUGGACAUCCGGGGUCCCGCAACAAGCGCGCAGCACGAGUCGCCAGCGCUCCCGAGGCUCCCCUCCGAGCUCCUGCGUGCCCUACAAGGUCCACGCCCUGGCAACCUUCGAGUGGCUGGCUACAAGCCAUGCCAGCCGCCUGUGGGAGCAGCUGCAGCAGUUCUGGGCCGAUCACAUCUCGCGGCCCUUCUCGCCACGGCGGCCGCCGCUGCGCCGCAUGUCUUCCCUGUCCACCUUCUACCUGAUGGACCACAACACACGCCAGGCAGAGCUGGGCCUCGCCUACGGCGCGCCGCGCAUGCGCCUCAGCAACCAGGCCUUCCUGUUCCGCGGCGGCCGGUGGACCACUGAGGGCCCGCUGGCGCGGACGCGGUCGCCGCUGCUCUCGCGGACCGCCUCCAGCUGGAACGCUCAGGUGCAGCAGACCAAGAGCCAGGUGUUGCUGGAGGAGAACAACUACCUGAAGCUGCAGCGGGAACUGCUCAUGGACAUGAUGACUGAGGCCAUGGCGCGCAUGCACUUGCUGGAGAAGAAGCUCAACCCCGAGGUGACCCCGACGGCUGCGGCGCCCGCCUGGCAGAGGAAGAUGCGCAAGCGCGCAGGCGCCAGCGGGGGCGUGCUCAUGAUCCCGUCGUGCGUUUUGGAUUCGCAGUGACGAAAUAAAGGCCGCGCUACACAUGCGCGCCUCGCGCCUCUCGCCUGCCACUCUCCCCGCGCUAGACUGGCUCCCGCGGUUCCCUGGGCCGUUGUCUGCGCGGCCUCGGGGACUGCCCCUCGGUGCUGGGUGUCGGCAGGGGACGCAAGCCUAACCUGCCUAAUUUGGGAGGGUGCGAUGGGGCUGUGGAGGAGGGUCUGCGCGUGGCUCUCCGGUAGUGCGGAGUGGAAGCAAGUCUUGCCGCCGACAUAACCCAGCUAGGGCGGAGUGGCGAGUAAUGGCCUUGCAGGCCAUCCAGAGACGGGGGAUCUUGCUGUGUUCCUCAGGCUGGUUUCGAACUCCUGGCCUCAAUUGAUCCUCCUGCCAUGGCCUCUCAAACUUCUGGGAUUACGGGCGUGAGCCACAGUACCCGACCCAUUGGGGGCUUUUAAAGGGAAGAAAUGGACCCUGAAGCCUGACAUGGGAUGUUUGAGUGGAUGUACCAAAGAACCUUGAGCCCCCAGAGUCCCCUGAAGCAUCCUGGCCAGCAGAAGCUGCCUUCUUCCCAUUGAUAGAGGAGGACAGCUUCAGCCACCCUGGAGACAGUGCAGAGAUUUCCCCGUUAUAGGCCUAUGGGAAGGUUUUUCAUUCCUGGCAUCUUGAGGAAAGGUUUGGCCAUGUGACUUAUAUGACUAAUGAAAUGUUGGCAGAAGGAAUGUGUGUCACUUCUGGGCAAAAGCCUUUAAGAGCCAUAGUGAUGAAUCCAGAUGGCAGAGGCGUCAUUCACCUCCUGU